AUGGGGGUUUUCAAGCCCAAAGCUUACAUUGCUACUGACCUUUCCUCUAGUGAACCAGCUACUGUUCAAGAAGCUUUAAAUUGUGACAAUUGGCGUUCUGCUAUGGAUGCUGAAUAUCAAGCUCUCCAGAAUAAUGGGACAUGGACUUUGGUGGACAGGCCUAUGGAUAGAAAUGUUGUGGGCUGUCGGUGGGCGUAUAAGAUAAAGAAAAAUUGUAAUGGCUUGGUUGCUCGAUACAAGGCUCGUUUAGUUGCAAAGGGCUUUUCACAAGCUGUUGGUUUUGAUUUUUCAGAGACUUUCAGCCCAGUUGUAAAACCGGUUACUAUAAGAAUUGUGCUUACUAUUGCAUUGGCUUGUGGUUGGUCGCUCAUGCAGUUAGACGUCAACAAUGCGUUUCUUAAUGAUAAUUCUUUAUUCUGCAAGUUCUCCUCCGCUUCGACAAUCUUUCUUCUAGUAUAUGUUGACGACAUACUGAUUACUGGUAGUAAUCCUACAGAAGUUGCUGAG